AUGACAGUUUCUGCGCUGGAUCUGAAGCAAUUCAUCAAUAAUGGGCGUGUCACAGUAACGCCCGCGUCUAAAAAAGAUGAGCUCAGUGGUCCUAUGGCAGGGCUGAAACUGACCGGUGAAUCGUACCUUCUCGACAACUUUGAGCAUUACGCGAAAUUGAGACACGUUGCAUAUUCAGAGCAAACAGGUGGCCAGGACGCCGCCCUCUCGGAGUAUCUUGCGGAGCUGGAAACAACCUUCAACGAACGGUACAACGCGAGCAACGAAGAACUGGAGGCACUUAAAGAUGAUGCGAAAAUUGAAUGGUGUAAGGGAGAAGGUAUUGAUGCGCCCAUAGUAGACGGGAAAUGCAUUCUUACAGCGGAGCAAAUGAAGAACCAAGAGCUGAGAAAGAAGCUCGAUACCUUGACCAGAGAAUACUACCCACACGUAUACGCCAAGCCGGGAACGGACAAAUUCAGCUUUAUAUCCAACAGUAUUAGGUUGGUAUCGGAGAAUCAAACUAUAUGUUUCUCUGUCGACACGGAACAAUACGAGUUCGACCACGACGAGAUCAUGGAGAUCGGUAUAUCCGUGUACGACCCAAGAGAGAACUUGAACACACGGACGAUCCCGAUCACCAGAAACUACCAGCUGGUCGUAAGAGAGUCCAUUGGCCAACGGAACCGCAAACACGUCUGCGAUUACAAGGAUUGCUACCUUUUGGGCGAAUCCCUUGUACUGAGCCGCAAAGAGUGCGUCCGUUUCAUUCAGCAUUUGGUAAAUUACUACUUUAUUUGUACUACUCCAGAGGACAGGACGUGGUCACGGGCCAUCUUAGCGCACAACGCGAGUGGAGAUAUACACCUUUUGAAAGAUAUGGGGGUCAAAUUCCCUUGCCCUAUAGACUACGAUCUGAAGACUCUCUCCUCGAAUAGCAUAUACGUGCUGGAUACUGAGAAAUUGCACAAGUGGUGUUACGGUGAAAUAUGUUGUAACCUUGGUAGAAUGUUGCAACUUCACCGAAUCCCACAUUCAUUCCUGCAUAACAGUGGCAACGAUGCACACUACACUUUACAGUUGCUUUUGGCCCUCUGCGAUAUAAACCAUAGAAGGGUGUACCGAUUGGAUGAUCUUAAGUACAUGGGUGACAAGAUCAGGACAUUCCUACGAGAAAUCAAGGAAUCUCCGGGGAAAGUUCUGCCCAUGAGUUACGCUGUUGCCGUGUUGGAGCACUUAGAUCCCGCACCGGCACCUCCACCCGCACCGGCACCUCAGAAACCCGACAAGGGCAAGCAGAAAAGCGAUAAGGGCAAGAAGAAAAAUCGCAGGGAGAGGAAGCAACGUUUCAGGGAACUUCUCCCACAGACGGAGUUCCACGGAAUGCGGGCCUACGACACUGCAGAGAGGGCAUUUCUGGCAACUCUCAAAUAG